AUGCAUGCUCCACCAAACAACAUCAACAAUAACACUACCAACAACAGCAGUAGUACAGGCAGAGGCAGUAGUCAGGUCCAAAUCCUGGAAUACCGGGGAGCUCAACUGGCAGCAUUCAUUGUGGAGGGGAGAGGACCACUAAUAUGCCUACCCCAAGCCUUUGAACUCUUCCUCAAGCACUUCGUUGGCGGUCUUCACACCGUCUACACCAAAUUAAAGCGUCUGGAGAUCCAGCCUGUUGUGUGCAAUGUGGAACAAGUUCGCAUACUUCGUGGUCUCGGUGCCAUUCAGCCUGGUGUUAAUAGGUGUAAACUUAUCGCACCAAGGGAGUUUGACAUCCUUUACGCAGACUGCACAACUUCAAGGCGAGUAUAA